CUACUCUGCAAGUCUAGUAAAAGAACCUUGGAGAAGGGGCCAAAUAAUUCGAACGCAAACCUUUAUAAUUCCCUUCAUAUCAAUCAAUCUCCCCAAAAGCCUAACUAAACCUUUAAACCCUAGACUAGAUUUCAUUUAAAUUGAACCUAAUGGGUAUUUUGAAGAGCACAUUCUCGUUUGUUUUUGGUACGGGUUUCGGAGUAUACUUGGCCCAAAAUUACAACGUGCCCAAUAUCCAAAAGCUAGUGGACACUGGCCUUGUAAUUGCCAAGCAUUUUGAAGAGAAUUAUCGCAAACCCAAAAAGAGAGAUAAUGAAGAUUAGUCUUACGGCGUCGUUUCACAUUCUACAGUUUGUGAGAGUCUGCCUGGUUUGAAGCAGUUCUUAAGGAGUUUUGAGGACUUUUCCUUUCCGCAUCUAUCAAUUUAGAUACCAAGGGUGCUCAGAAGGUAGUGUCUCGCUUGUUCUAUUUGAUGGAACACCUUCAGAUGGUCUGGACUUCAGUGGGUGAUGCUGGCCACCGUGAGGCAAGCAUGUUCAACUGAAAAUUUAGAAGAAUGAGGAGAAAACAGAAGGUCACGUGGAUUGUAUGUAAAGAGAGAAGUCGGAGAGCUUUUGAAGGAAUAAAAAAUGAUUUUGUACAUUUGAGGAAUAACGACCUCGAGUCAACUAUUGCUUUCUGGUGCACCCAUGAGAUUCCAACAUGUAUGGAAGAUUGGGUGUCUAUUAUCGCGUUGUUGGUUUUGUACUUGUUGGGUACAGCUAGAUUGUGGAGCAAUCUGUUUGGAUUUGUCUCUCUUCUUAUGUGCUAAUACAACAACAACAACAACCCAGUGAAAUCCCACAUCGUGAGGUCUGGGGAGGGUAGAGUGUACGCAGACCUUACUCCUACCAAGGUAGGACGGCUGUUUCUUAAAGACCCUCGGCUCAAUAAAAGCAUAAAAAGAAGUCAGAUAAUUCUUAUGUGCUAAUAGUGAUACUAAUAUUGUUUUAUUGGCUGCAUUAUUGUCGACUUCUUUGGAUUCUUGCUUGGUUUGGUGGAUUCUUCCUAAGUGUGGUCUCAAGGAUUCAAGGUUGGGUAUUUAAGAUUUGACUAGGGUGCAAGUGGUCUUGACGAAUAAUUCUCUUGCUCUUGUCUCUGUGUUGGGAAAGAUGCAUGGCGUGCCCCAUUCGUCCUCUGAUUAUAGGAUACAUGGUUGGGUAUUUAAGAUUCGACUCAAGGGUGCGUGGUCCUAACAGAAUGAUUGUCUUGCUCGUCUCUGUGUUGGGAAAAAUGCAGAGCGUGAUCCUUCGUCCUCUGAUUAUAGGGAUUUGCUUCUCAGUCCACAGUUAGAUACAAGUCAGAUGAACUUUGGGAAGUUGGAGUACUAUUUGAGGGUGAAUUACUACUGCAGGAGAGGUAGUCUACCUCUUUGCUAUGUGUACGCCAUUGAUCAAUUUUUUCCAAUUGAUCUGGUGCUGAACUUGGAAGUGGCUGUGAACGAAGAAUUUCCAGAACACUCUCUGUUUUCCCCAGAAGUAAGACGGCAGAGCGGACGCCUUCUGCUCUCUCUUCAAUGGUGCCAUGGUGGCAUUGCUUGGAUAUAACUCUUUGUAGGUUGAUAAGACAAGCACCUGUUAUAUCCGCUAUUAUGGCUGACAAUCUGUCAAACAUGAAUUUGCUGCUCUCAAACUCUUUGCUAUCAGAACUUUGCAGAAGAGUUUGACAUACUCUGUACAUACAGUUUGCUGCAAACAUAUUGGUAGGCCAUUUUGAAGGUGAUUCCUUUAGAAAAGCGUGCGGAUCAUUCUUUCUGAAUUCGAUGAAUCUCUGCUUUGCUUUCUGAGAGAGUCCUUCAAGCACGCCUUUUGGAUUUUGUCCUUCAGUGGCAGUUUUGCGGAGAUCAACGUCCAGCCACCUGUAACAUAAGUCAACUUCUACCCACAGCAACUCUGCCGCCUUCCUGAUGUAUACAAGGUCCUUUCUGGCAUCCAGGUUCUCUUCAACAACUUUGAUGUACAUGAGACCUUCAUGCACACACCUUAUUAAUUCCUUGAUUGAGUGGAAAUCAAUAUCUGAAAGUGCAAUCCCAAUACUUGUCAGUGUCACUAUAGGAAGAGCCCAGCAAUUAGGAGGUUCUUCUGAGUCUAAAGAAGGGAUUUGAGCAUGGUCAAAGUUGUACACUCCCCUGAAUCCAGGCGAUGACUUCACUUUCUCCAGAAGUCGUAGAAGAUGUUUAGGCUGCUCCUUUUUCCCUGUCCCUAUCCAUUGACCUACAACAUCAUGGUUGCUUUGCAUCAUCAAAUCCAUUAAUACUUUCUCUCCUUCGAGGUGUAAAACAUAGCGGCUAAGAUCUGGCUUUAGACUGGCGUGCGACUCUAUAUCAUGACUCAACACCAUAUUGUUGCAUUUCAGCAUCCUGAUUGCUUUCUGACAGCUUAUCAGUAACCAACUUACAGAGAAGGUGGAAAUGAGCCGAACUGUCUUACUGAGUGACACCAUCAGAAUUUGAAUCCAAAUGCAGAAAUCGAGAAGUUUGUUCUUUGUUUUAUGAGCAAAUUUUCUACCAUGCCGGCCACAAAUUCUGAAAUCCAACGGGCUUUCUUUCCACUGAAGCAGUAUACGGAUCCAGUAGUUCUCCACUUUGAACCACUUGAGUUUGCAGGCAUUACUUGCUUUUUUGGGGCAGUGGAAAUUUAUGGCUACGAACCAUCUAAAAGCUGGUGCAAUAGUUCCUACUCCUAUUGCCACUGUUUGAAUUACAAGGAUCAAGGUUGUGGACCACUUGUAUUCAGAUUCUCCACUACAAACGUUGAAGCUCUUAUGGAGAAAGUAAGACCUAAGCAUGGCUUCAACAUAAAUUACUGUGCUCAGAAGGCAAAAAACUCCAGAAGCAGUGCAUGUCGCUAAGCGCGCCACCACAAAUUGGGGGCAAGAGGUCCAAAUAACGCUUUGUAGUUGGUAUUGUCAUGGCUGAGGAGAUCAAUAGCAGAAGCAAUACAAGCAUAAGAAACAUGAGGGUUAUAUGCUCUUUGCAUAAGACAUAGAUUACACCAGUAGCUAAUUGUAUGCCAAUGUUCACGAUUGCCGUGAUGACGAAAAUCCCCAAAGCGAUUAUGUUCAUCAACAGCUCUUUAUUCUCCAUGAAACCUAAAGAAGGCAUAAAAUUAGCAAUUACUGUACAGAUUAGAGCAGUACUGCUCAGUUUCGUCAACUGAUCUUGUCGACGAGGCAUGGAGGUAUUUAGAUCAACAGACAAUUUAGUGGCAACAGCUAGGAGCAUCAUGGUUGUAGCAUUGAGAGAGAAGAAGUUGCAAGGAAACCAGUAUUUUCUAUGACGCAGGCCAUAAAGGGAAUCCAUUGCCAUCCCCAGUGCACAAGCUGCAGAAGCUGCUGCUACAUAGAUACCAAUCCAUGGCAUCGGAUCGCUGAAUUUUGAGUCAUCUAAGUUGCCAUCGAUGGUGCAACCAAUCUUCUCCAUCGUGUUUCAAGCUCUUCGCCAGUUAUCUCUAGUUUAAAGCUGAAAUCUUUUUCUUUGGUGGUUGCCAAGUUUCUCUGCUAGUCAAGUUGGACAAUACUUGGAAAACAACUUGGUGAUUACGUUGUUUGGCGCACUUGACCAGUGAUUAUGCAGAGAAAACAUUUCUCCAGAUUGUGCAUGUCUGUGAAAUCUCACUACGCCAUUGUUUCUUGUUCAAAGGUAUUACAAAAGAGAAAUAUUACCACUUCCCCAUGCAACCGAGCUGACGUCACCAGAGUAGGAGCUAGGAUUUUGAGUUAAUGGGCUGUGGUUCUAGAAUUGGUAGCUUACUGGAUUCUGGAUAAAUCAUCUAUACAUGCUAAGUCGAUUUGUUAACACAAGUACAGGAUUUUGACCAAAACUAUGUAGUUCUGCCGAAUCAGCUGGCAUCCCAAGAAGGUGUCUUUGCACAUCCGUUUAAUUUAUGUGAACCUUUUCGGGGUACGAGGGUCAAACUUUAUAACUCUGACCUUAAAUUUUAACAUAGAUUUUUCAAGUUUGUAAAUAUAUAAUUUAUGUAUUUAGAAAUUACAUUAAAAGUAAGUGAUACUUUGUAAUUCAAGUAAUUUUGAAAAAAUAUAGGAAAAAUGUGGUGAAAAAAUCACUUCAUAGACUCCCUCAAUAUAAAAGGGUUCGUAUGAAUUGAAACAGAAAGAGUAUUAUUUUUGAA